GUUCAUCCCAAUUUGAAGUGACGCAACUAGCUUGCCAGGCAGCUAAUGCUAUGGAUAACACACUCAGGAGGGAGCAAAUAUCAAUAUACCACAAAUACCACAGCUCAGAGAAAAUGAAGUAUACCCACAUGUAACCAAGCGUCGUAUUUUCUGCGACAAUGCUGUGUUUGCGUGUAAAUGCCGCGAGGUCAUUGGAGUCUUUGAGAAAGCUGUGCUUCCUCUCCCUGAUGCACAUGAGACAUCCGCCCUGUCAGUGCCCUGUGCAGCGGUGGAGGAUACAACACAGUGGUGCCGCUCGCUGCCUCUCUACCGGACCACCUGCUCCCCCCACACUGACUGACCCCUCCUCUGAGUGCACUGAAGCAAAGCCCAGCAACAGCACACCUGCCUGGACCCCUGACCAGGGCCCCCCGCCGGCCCCCGCCCACUGCUGCAUGAGCGGCUGCCAUAACUGUGUGUGGAUCGAACACGCCGAGCAGCUGCUGGCGUAUUACCACGACGGAGGAGACCUGGCACUCGCAGCCAUUGAGGAAAACGUCCUCGAUGAAAACCUUAAAACCUACCUGAAGAUGGAGAUAAGGCUCUUGAAAAAGACGUGAAGGAUAUAUUUGAUCACAGUGUCGACAUGAAUGUGAGACUCAUACAAAGAAUCUUGUAAACUUUACGCACACUCAUCAAAUCUACCGGGUUCAAAUGUGACAAGAAGCUGUGGGCUUCAGGAAUCCACCUGUCCUUCCCGACAACAAUCUGUGUGUCUCCUCCAAACACGCUUGCCUAUCUUUGGGGAGUUGUUUCCGAACCUGUUCGUUAUUUGAUCUUUUUUCUUUUCAGUGAGAACAAAGCAAUUAUUACUACUAGGAAUGCCACUAUUUAAAUCACAAUUGUUGCUUAAUGUUGUUUUAACAACGUAACUAACGAGCCAGGAAGGAUUGUGCUUGAAGUGGUGAGUUUUUGAAACUGUGUUAAAAGAUCAUCGUAAUGUUUCUGGCCUCAUUCAAAAAUGUAUUUGGUUUAAUAUUAACUUUUUUAAUUUGUAGUGAAUUGAUUCAUUGUUCCUUUCAUCAUAAAGCACAUAUGCACAUUAUGUAUUAUUAGUUUGAAGUUUGAACUGGAGUGUUUAAAUGAUAAUUGUAUGUGUAUAAUGAUCAUUUGCUUCAUUAUAUAUAAGAGUUUAUUUUGAUUUUGAAAUGUAUUUUUAAGAAUUGUUUGUUAAAUAAAUGUUUGUCUUUGUGAGCUGA